AUGCCUAAUCAAUUCCCUUUAUGGAUAAAAAUUAUAAUUAGUACUGUAAUAAUUAGUUUAGUAAUUAAAUUAAUAUAUAAACUGUAUUUAUUAACAAUGAAAUCUAUAAACAAUAAUUAUAAUAAAAAAAAUAUUACAUUAAUAGAUAGGUUUGGCUCAAUUCUACCUUAUUGGCUACCUUUACUAGAGGGACUGCAAAAUUUUGGACAACAAAUUUUACCAGAUUAUCCAUUUAGAUUAAUGAGCGUGUACAAAAAAACACUUAUGCCUUUAGUAAUAUUUUACGUAACACAUCCAGCAUUAGCCUUUAUUAUAUUUUUUGUUUUAUAUUAUUUAUUUGUAAGAGCAAAAAGCCCGAUACCUGAUAGACCAUUUAUACGUUUUAAUGUCUUACAAUCAAUUCUCUUAUUUUUAAUCAAUUCUUUACUAGGUGCAACUUUUAGAGCACUACCAAUAGAAUUUCGUAUGAGCUUGUAUGGUUUUAUGCUAUGCAAUACACUUUUUUGGUUUGUCUUAUCUACUAUCAUUUAUUCUGUCACUAAAUCCAUUGAAGGUAAGUAUGCAAAAAUACCUGUUAUAUCUCAAGCAGUAAGAAUACAAAUAGAUAAUAGGUAA